AUGGAGAUCGUCUGGGUCUCUGCAAUACCCGUCGCGGAAUUACCUGAAAAACGAGAUAAUGCUUUAUACACAUCAAAUAUUUUUGAACCUUUAGUUCUUCCUGAUAAAUCUGACCAACCCCAAGUUCGCAAAUACACUUUCAAAUUAAGUUCAAAAGAAUUGUCGCCUGAUGGUUUUAGCCGUACAUGUUACUUAGUAAAUGAUCAAUAUCCCGGUCCUAUUAUUCAAGCUUAUAAAGGUGAUACUAUCUCUGUAGAAGUGGUGAAUGAUCUUUCAGUUGAAACCGCAAUGCAUUGGCAUGGAAUGUUUCAAAGAGGAACUCCGUGGUAUGAUGGUGUACCCGGAAUGACUCAAUGCUUACUUGCUUCAAAGUCCUCUCUCACUUAUGAAUUCUCCGUUGAUGAACAAAGCGGAACUUAUUGGUGGCACUCACAUUACAAGGCUCAAUACCUUGAUGGCAUACUAGGUCCUUUGAUCAUUCAUGAUAAGAAUGAUCCAUACGUGAAGGAAUACGAUUACGAGCUUGUGCUUACUUUAACUGAUUGGUAUCAUGCAAUAGCCGGCGAUUUAUUAGCUGGACUUCUAACUCCAGGAUAUAAAGGACUUAAUGUUAGUCUUGUAAGUGGAAAAGGUAGAUACAACUGCGAUGCUGCUCCCGGAUCAAAAUGUGUUAAAAAUUCUCCAUAUGCCGUUUACAAAGUUAAAAAGGGAAAGAAAUAUAGAUUCCGUAUAAUUAAUACCAGUGCUGAAGCAUUCUUCGCCCUUUCAAUUGAUAGUCAUACUAUGAAAGUAAUUGAAGUUGAAGGAACUUUGGUCAAAUCUGUUGAAGUUAAACAAAUUGCUCUUCAUGUUGCUCAACGAUUCUCUGUAAUAGUUGAAGCUAAUCAAGAAGUUGGAAACUUCUGGAUACGUGCUAAUAUGUCAAAGUCAUGUAUUGCUAACAAUAAUUUCACUAUUAAUACUAACUCGGCGGUCAAUUAUGAUGUUCGCGCCAUCCUCUCUUAUGAAGGUGCCGAUGAUAAGGAACCUACUUCUAGUGCAUAUCCUGAUGAAGUUAAACCAUGCAGAAAUCUUGAUAGUAAAUUAUUAAAACCAUUAAUAGAUUCCCCAUGUCCUGAAAAAACCGAAUCUGUUUCAUUUAACGUAACAUUUGAUAAAAUUAAAAAUGUAACUGCUGCAAAAAUUGAUAAUUCAAGUUAUGUUCCAACUUUUGAUAGUCCAACACUUUUACAAAUUAUUAAUGAUGGAAUUAACGUGAAAGAUUUACCAACAACACAAAAUAUACAAGAAUUUGAUAAUGAAAAUGGUGUUGUUGAAAUAACCGUGUUUAAUACUAACCCGGCUAAUCAUCCAUUCCACUUGCACGGUCAAACUUUCUAUCUCUUGGGAGAAGGUUCAGGUCAAAAAGUUAAUGAAACUUUAAAUACUAAUGAUCCACCGAUUCGUGAUACUACAGUGGUUCCAUCUAAUGGUUGGUCAGUUAUACGUUUUAAAACUGAUAAUCCUGGUGUUUGGAAUUUCCAUUGUCAUAUUGAAUGGCAUAUUGAAAUCGGUAUGGUAAAACAAUUGAUCGUUAACCCUUCAAAAAUAAGGAGCUUAAAAGUACCUGAUAGUGUUAAAAAUUUAUGUAAAGCUCAAACAUAUUAA